AUGCGUCUUUCUGCUUCAGUUAUUCUGGGAUUGGCUGCUUUAGCCGUGACCCAUCCAGGCGAAGACCACCGCGAUGAGCUUGAAGCGCGUCGCUCCUUCGAAGCCAGUGCUGAGCGACUGUCUCUCCGUCACUGUGCCGAAGUUCUGAAGGCCAGAGGUGUCACCGAGCGUAACAUCAAGCGUCGUUCUGCUUUGAUCGAGGAGCACCGCCAGAAGCGUGGUAUCAAGAAGCGUGAUCUUGAGGACGUUCUCAACACAGACCACAACAAGACCGAUCUCGGCUAUACACCCAACACUCCAGCUGAGACCCUCUUCGCUGGCCAAAACUCAUGCGUGCUGACCCCCGAGGUCACUCUCGGUCCAUACUACGUCAGUGGCGAGUCUAUCCGACGCAAUCUGAAGGAGGACCAGGAGGGCGUUGACCUUAUUCUCGACUACCAAAUCAUUAACGUAGCUACUUGUGAACCUGUGCCAGAGCUGUAUCUCGAGAUCUGGCACUGCAACGCAACUGGUGUUUACGGCGGCGUGAACAAUCAGGGAAACGGAAACUUUGCCGACAAGACCAACAUCAACAAAACCUUUGGCCGUGGCAUUCAGCCAACUGAUGAAGAUGGUGUUGCUCAGUUUGAGACCCUUUUCCCAGGUCAUUAUGUCGGUCGCACGACGCAUAUUCAUCUUUUGGCUCAUGCGAACGCUACUUUGUACCAGAACAAGACACUUGGAAACGUCAUCUACAGCAGCCACAUUGGGCAGACUUACUUCGACCAGGACCUGAUCGAGGAAGUUGAAGCUCUUGCUCCCUACAACACCAACACACAGGCUCAGACCACAAACGCUGGCGACGGGAUCCUAGCUCAGGCUGCCAACCAGGACUACGACCCUGUCGUCGAGUGGACCCUUCUAGGUGACACUGUUGCUGAGGGAGUCUUCGGCUGGCUGGCUUAUGGAAUCAACAUCACUACCACUGAGAAGGUUACCCCCGCUGUCUUUAGAUAUGAGGAUGGUGGCCACACUAACCCUGACUUUGGAGGCGGCGGGCCUGGAGGCCCUGGUGGACCCCGGCCACCAGGCGCAAGUGAAGCAGAGGAUACUACGAGCGAUACUGCUUAG